AUGGGCGAGUCGGCAUUCGAGGAGCUCUACGGCUUCCUGCCGGUGCCGGAAGGCCAGCUGGGGAGCUCCAUCUUCCUGCUGGUGGUCUACGGCUUCGUGCUGCUGCAGGGCGCCAACCUGCUCUCCGACGGUAGCGAGAUGCUCCUCGAAGUCUUCCCACCCGGCAUCAUAGGAGGGAUUCUUCUGCCCAUCUUGGGUGCACUUCCCGACUGCCUUAUCAUCGUGGUGUCAGGAAUGGGCCCUGUCGAGGAGGCCAAGGAGCAGGUCAAAGUCGGCCUGGGAACUCUGGCGGGGUCAACAGUUAUGCUGCUGACCAUUGCCUGGGGAGGCUCAGUGCUGUUGGGCCGUUGCGAUCUUGAAAAG